GUUAGUGUGUUUUGGCGGCGUCUCACUGAGUGUUGAUGCAAAAAAAAAUUGGCAUUAAGCUGCAAAAACUAUUUUAAACUUAAAAAUAAACAAUGGUUGUGGAUAUGGACACCAACGAGACAGCCGUGGAGCUCACGGAGGCGGAGAACGAGCUAUACGACAGACAAAUCCGACUCUGGGGUCUGGAAUCUCAGAAACGCCUGCGCACGGCCAAGAUUCUAAUCGCAGGACUGUGCGGCCUGGGCGCCGAGAUUACCAAGAACAUCAUCCUGUCCGGCGUCAACUCCGUAAAACUGUUGGACGAUAAGAACGUAACCGAGGAGGACUUCUGUUCGCAGUUCCUGGCCCCCCGUGAAUCGCUGAACAGCAACCGUGCCGAAGCAUCAUUGGCACGGGCUCGUGCUCUCAAUCCCAUGGUGGACAUCUCCGCUGACCGCGAACCCUUGCAGGAGAAGGCCUCGGAGUUCUUCUCCCAGUUCGACGUGGUGGUGGUCAAUGGCGCGACCAACGAGGAGCUGCUGCGCAUCGACAGCAUUUGCCGCGACCUGGGCGUUAAGUUCAUAGCAACCGAUGUAUGGGGCACCUUCGGGUUCUAUUUUGCCAGUCUGCAGAAGCACAGCUACGUCGAGGAUGUAAUCAAGCACAAGGUCGUAUCCAAUGCGGACAAAAAAAAGAAGUAUGAAACAGUGUCCAUUCCAACUCAGCGUGAUGUGGACUAUCCCGGCUACUCUGCCUGGCUAGAAUUCGAUAUUACGGCGCCCAGCUAUUUGCGCAAACUGAAGCGCAAUGGGCCGGGUGUUUUGUUGUUAAGUGUGCUGCAAAAGUUCCGCACAGCCCACCAGCGAGAUCCCAGCUACAAGACCAGAGACGCUGACCUAGAAUUGCUUCGCGGGAUUCGCGACGAAUUGUUGCCCAACUCUCUUCUGAGUGACGAAGCUCUGGGUUUGAUUUUUGCACAGAUCUCACCAGCCGUCGCGGUUGUUGGCGGAGUUGUGGCCCAAGAGGUCAUCAAGGUGGUUACUAAAGUAGAAGCGCCGCACCGUAAUCUGUUCGUUUUUGACCCCGAAACUUGUGCAGGAUAUGUCGAGACCAUCGAGGCGAAGUGAACUUAUCCACUAAAGGCUUAUAUUAAAAAUCUGAAUAUCAAAUAA